GCCGCGUGCGAGCGGGACGCCACAUGUUGCAUUAAAUUCGAUCUUAUUCUGUAAUGUUUUGUCCAAUCGCGGGCGAUCUUUGCAUGUUCCGGUUCUUUGUCAUCAAUGGAUCGCCGGUCGAGUCUAUUUCGAGUGCCACUCGAAAAGCUUUUACACUAUAUUUGGGCUAUCUCGAGUUCCGUGAAUGACUUAAAUAGAUUUCCAUGGUUAUGAUCGUUCUGUACGUCGACAAAUUUCAGUCGAAAGAGUAGUAUUUGACGCGAACGCUCAUAAGUCCUUUCGGCAUUAAUGGGUGGUGCCCACUUCAGCUGACUGCGUCGUACGCAAGGCUACUCCGACGAGACUAGUAGUAGUCCGGCGUGCGAGGCGAGCGGUCGGCGCACGGAUCGGGCGAGUGAUAUGCGGAUAUGUUAUUCGGUCUUAAAAUGUCUGUGGAACGUUCGCCGUAGGCGUGUUACAAUCCGCAUCGCGUAAUUUUCGUGGCAGUAUCGCGAGUUGAGUGCGUGUCGAGUCGCGCGGCGCUGUGGCGGCCGCGGCGGUCGACCGGAGCGAGCCGAGGCUCAAUAAUGCUCAAAUUUCUGACUCACAAGCUGCGAACACAUUCUUUGAAUGAGGAGAACGUUUCCGAGAAGGUGGAGGAGCGCGACUCCGGCACCGAGUCGGACGACGAGGCGGAGCGCGCCGACAGCGCCGACACCGGCGACUUGUGCUCCGACGUGGUGAUGAAGUGGAGUGAUGUCACCGACCUCAGCGGCGGCGGCGGCGGCGGCGACGUGGCGGCGGUGGUGCGGGCGUGCGGCGCGCCGGACCCUGACCAGCUCUACGACCACCACUCUUCGGAAGAGGAACUCGAGGUGAGCCCCACAGCAACAACGCGCACAACCUGACACUUGUCACAUUAUAAUUAACAAUAACGUAAUGGAUGCAUGCAUUUCGCUCGUUUAAAUUUCAUUAUCAUACAUUCAAUAGUGCGAACAUGUCGACGAUUGUGUUGUUUUACUUUAAUAUAUGGGACUAUACCCCAAUCCCUUAAAGAUAUUUAUGACUCGAGUAGCUUAACCCGCCGCCAAGGUUCGGCUAAUUAUUGGCAGAUUCGGGAAACAAACUUACUCGAUUCUAUCUCGUCUUAACCCUGAAAUAAAAAAUAAUCUAUUUGUUUAUAUUUUGUUAAGUAGACUUAAUGAAAGUACAUUUCAUGAUAUCGGAGAUGUUGUUACAAAAGGAAUAAGUUAGUUAAUUAGGGCCGACUUCGAAGCCUAAGGACUCUUAGUGUUGUACCUACUUAUUUGAGUUUGUAAAACAGUAAUGUCGCUACGAAAAAAAAUCCUCGGUACAACGACAUUUCGGCGUCUAAUUAGCGAAAUGUGAGUGCUCGUACCGAGACAAAGAUAUUUUGUGAAAAACUCUAACGGCUAGGGAUCUGCCUCGCGGCGCAGCCGGGGGCGAAGCGCGAACUCCGGACUGUAGACUCCGAACUGUAUUAUCUCAGCGAGCCUUGCUACUUGCAGAUGCAGGUUGUACGCUGAACGCUUAAAGCGCUACAUUACUGAAGGUGCAGCUUUUCAUAAGAUGCUACCGAUACUAUGAUAUUGUAUGUAGAAGUUAUAUCUCUUGUACAUGUUUGGAGUCUACCCCAUUCCCCCUGGCGAAGUGUCCCUCGAGCGAUAUCGUUGACAGGUAAGCAAUGCAAGCGGUAGGGCGCGGGUGCGUGCAUUGCUAAUUGCUGUUGUGCGCCGAGCUACGAGCAGCGAGCGCUGCCGACGUGUCAUGGCAUUGAAGGCAGUGCACGAUGCGGGGUUGAUAGAGAGCGCGGCGCCCUCGCCCGUUGUCUCCGGAACACGUGCACUCGAUACUUUACUUUGUUGCUUCACCACAAGGUUCAAAGUCGCAUCCUAUUCCGUCUCGUGGUAGAUGAGCUUACGAUUUUUUUUUUAUUUUUGCUGUAAUUAGGGCGAGUAAUUAAAUUUUCCGAUUUGGCCGCGGAUAUUUUUGUAAGGAAUUCAAAAAUAUUUAAUCUGACUAAAAGAGGCUUUGAGGUAAUAUUUUUCUUUCAUCAUUUCAGAUUCACAUGUUACACAUGUAAUUCCGUAACUUAAGGUAUAAUAUAGUGACAAAGUAAAUGUUAUCAAUGUAUGUAGUGUCAGACCCGGCCGCCGGUGCACCGUGUCAUGUAUAUCUGUUGCAACACGCCGCGACCCUAUCACUCAUCUCUCAAAAUUAAACGGCUUGUAUCCCUGAAAUUUAAACAUAAAAUGAUAAGUCGGCAAAGAUGUGAGAAGAACUAGUAUUUUCCUAACGUACUACGGGAGCAUCUCGUAAUGUAGCGUCGGCGUCGCACACUGGCGGGCAUUGUUCAGACGGCGCGGCGUGGGCGGGCAGACGCGGCGGGCGGGCGGCGCGGUAGGGCGUAAGUAAUGCCCGUCUCUUUGUCCGUCGGUGGAGCGUGAAAUCCCCUGCCGCCUGCGACCGCGCGGCGUCCGCCGGCGAGCACCAAUGUUGCAAAUUAAUAAAGUUCCUAUAUUAUCCCGUAUCACCGCACCGGAAGGCAAUGCCCUCUCCUACUCCUGUCAUACUUUCAUAAUCUUUCGUCAUGAUUAAAAAAGACAUAUAACGUGUGCAGGCGUGUAAAGAGGUAGGAGUGAGUUGGCGCCGCCGCCGGAGGCCGCAUUGUUAUCUCUCCCGCUCGACUUUCAAUACUCUGUAAUAUAAGUAUUUCGGAUGACUUGAGGCCGUAAGCAGCGAGAGACUAGGGCUGUCGGCAAUAGCGACACACGUCAGACAUGGGCAAACAUUUUAUAAUAUGAACAGUGACAGCGUAUUACUUAAUGUUCAGCACACUAUUUAAUGUUUCUGGGAAAAAACGUUUGUGUUGUUUUAUCGUAUUUUAAGACGAAUAGUUUGUUACCACUUUCUAUCAAUACGACCCUGCAGUAAUAACCUUGGGCGUUCACAAUAUAAGUAUUGAAAUCUAUACUAAAUAUUGAUCGUUAGAUACAGUAUGAAAGUUUGUUAAAGAUGCCUUUCUUAUAUCCGCGCUGCGAGGUAGCAGUACCGUUUGUGGCAACCCUGCGCCGGCCGGAGGUACAGCUAAAGACGUCCAGGUUUUUUCCUUUGCUCUUGCUUCCAUAAUAAAUGAGCGGACGCCGCAGAGUUAGGCGAUUUCGACGUAGUUUUUUUCCUCUCAGCGGUGGGGAGGGCGGAAUGCGCGGGGUGUGGGAAGGGGGGGGCAUCUCCGUCCAUUAAUUCAAGCGUGUAAUGAUGCGACGCUUUGACGGAAGGGAAUUGCAAGUUGUGCAAUUACACGCUGAAAUAUUUAGCGGGGACG